AUGCAGCUGGAAGAUGACAAGGCUGAGACAAUGGUGAACCUGAUACAAACCCGAGAGUCCAACUGGCACCAUGCGAUGGUGAGAGUCAGUCGCCAAGACAUUGUGGUCCGCCCAGGCCAAGUUACCCAUAUCAAAUGCAAGGUGCCUGCUGAUUUCACCUCCUCUGUGGCCCUGUUCAAGGUCAACCAUCCAGACCUGAGAUUGGAGGAGCUGGAUAUUGGUGAUGGCUUGGUCGAAGUCCACCAAGUCAAGCAGCCCUAUCUUGAGAUCCCUGUGGGUAACCAUACCCAACACGAUGUGUCAUUGAACAACUUCACAACGUUGGGCAGUAUCCAGUUGAUCGACAAGAUAGUGGAGAGCGAUCAGAUGGAUAGCAUCGAGGUCAAUAAUGUGGACUCACCAGUCCCUGUCGGUGAGGACAACAGUGACCAAAAAGAGCAACCAUCCCCGCUGUGGUCUCCAUAUACAGGUAUAUAUGGUAUAAUAUAUGGAUAUCUGUAUAGUACCUUAUAUGGAUAAAUAUAUAUUACCAUAUAUGCAUAUAUAUUGUGCCAUAUACUGAUAAAUAUGGUAAAAUAUAUGGAUAUCUAUACAGUGCCAUAUAUGGAUACAUAUAAAGUGCCAUAUAUUCAUAUAUAUUACGCAAUAUAUAGAUAUAUAUUCUACCAUAUAUGCAUAUAUAUUCUACCAUAUAUAUGUAUAUCAUAUUUAAAAAUUAUGAUUUAUUUUUCUUUACUUUUAUACUUUCCAAAUAAACAUCCAUAGCAUACACAUGGAGCAUACAUAGAAUUGCUACUAAAUAAAAUACAGUGAAGACAAAAGAAUCUACUUUACACAAAUUACAUUUUUAUUUGUUUAAAGACCACUUUCAUCCUUUUACUGUAUAAAACGUAUUCAGAGAUAAUUUAUACUUUUUUUCCCCCCUUGACAGUUGAAAUGUUCUUUGCCUUUUACAUUUUCAAUCCUCCACACUGGAUCUUGGAGGUAUACAUGCAUAGAGGCUUGCAUAUUGUCCUGCCCCGGAAUUCCCUUUUCAGACCAACUACAUUUUCAACAUUAA